AUUAUGUAAAAUUCGCAGUAUUGUAGAUCUGAGCUUUAGUAUUUAAACAACGCAUCGUAAGGAUAACGUUCUACUGGGGCUAAUAACAACUUAAAGUUCAACUUAAAUACAUAUGGCAUUUUGUGAAUGCUUCGGCAUUAAAAUGUUGACGUUACUCUGUAUCUGUUCUGUUUUGUUCUUCUCUGUGAAAUUGACGGAAUCUGCUGCAUUUAAAAGUGUUGAUGAAGAAAGACAAUGUCAGAGUGUAGCAACCUUGACGAACGGUGUGAUCAUUGGCGACGUACGCAACAAUAAUGUCAGCUACAAAUGCGACCACGGCUUUUUCAGCAACGUUCCGAAUCUGCAGCAAAUAUUGUUCAGCUGCAAAUAUAUCCAAGAGCUUGGCAGCGUGGCUUGGAAAGGUCAAGGAAUAGAAGUGAAGGGAAAACAAGGACUUCAAGCUUUGUACUUCAACGCCGUCAAAUGCAGUCCAGGUUGCCCUCAACCGGAUUAUUCAAAGUUUCCAGAGAAUUUGAUGGUGAAUUCUAUCAGCAGCGCAAAACUGAUAAUUGUUAAUUCGACCGGCUUGCCGAUUGAAGACCCGACAUAUUUCCUGUCUGGAGACACAAUUGCAUGGACAUGUGAAGAGGGUUACGUACACACUGGACUUCCUGGAAAUGAGACAAAUCAAGAGUUUGACAACUAUAACAUGUACAAUGAAUAUGAAACCAGUAAGGAUGAAUCAGUCGCUCCUGCAAAAGCGCUCACGUGCGGUGAUGAUGGCUAUUGGAACAGCGGCGAUGAUGAAGACUUAGGAUUUUGUAAAGAAAUAACAUGUGACGCAAGGGAUUACCAGAACAUCCGUAAUGGGAUGGUUGCAAACUACAAACAUGUCUACGAGUUCAACGAGACGAUGACGCUUGAUUGCGACCAUGGGUUUCGGCCUUACAAAAAUCAUGAAUAUUUGCACUGUCUUGACGAAGAAAGUUUCGAAGAUGAAUACUUCGGUUGUGAAGCUAUCACUUGUCCAAGGCCCCCAGAACCGCUACAUGGUGGACUAGAAAGAACGCAGUUGUAUUACUACCCGAACCAGACCGCAGAGUUCUAUUGCGACCCCGGCUACGUUAUGAAGGGAGCCAGAACCUGGCAGUGUCUGGCGUCUGGCAUUUGGGAUAAGCCCUGUGUUCGGUGUGCCCGAGCAGACAACCACUGUCAACCUCCGUGCAUUCCGUUUGGUGCGCAUGUCAUCAACCCACCACGUAGAAUAGACAUCGGCACGACGAUGGAGUUUGCCUGUGACGAACAGAUGAACGGACGUCCGACUAACAGGACAUGCCUGUUAAGCAAACAAUGGAGUGGUGAACAAAUAGAUUGCACAGGACGGUCUUUGUUUAUGUCCGACAUGAACGACGUGAUAAGAAUUGCAACUGUUAUCAAGAGAACACAGGACUCUGCCAAUACGGCCGCCAAUGCUUACGAUGAUUCAUAUGUAAUAAGCAUUGCAUUUGAAACUGGUGUUGAUGUCUACUUCCUAAUGGAUGUCUCGAAAAGUAUUGAUGAACGCCAAUUCGAACAGAUGAAAAAAUGCAUCAAUGGUGUAGUUGAAAAUCUGGGUUUAAACAACACUCAAGAUUCAACCCGAGUCGGAGUGUAUCUGUUUGCCACCAAUGUGAAAGCAACGUUCACGCCUCGAGAUCGUCUCAGUGCAAGUGAGAUGAUUGCUGCACUUGAUAAAACAUCUCUCCGUGACUCCCGAGUGGACACAGGUCUUGGAACGGCGAUAAGCAAGGCGUUAGACUAUAUGCAGCGCUGACAUUCACGCGAAAAGAUUAACUUCUGGUAUCCGCAUAUCCCGAGAUGUUAUAAUUCUGCUAAGCGACGGCAAAUACACUCAAGGCGGCAGCCCAGUGACGAUGGCCGAGCUAUUGAAGACACAGUUUGAAGUCCUGUUUUUCUCCAUCGCAUUCGGCUCUAACGAUGACAAGGCUGGCUUCCGAGUGAUGGAACAGAUGGCCAGCAAAGUCGAGGGCGAACAGUUUUACUUUGCAAUGGAAAGCAAGAAUGGCAAGACCGCAGACGGCUAAUAGGUUAUAUUACCUAUGCCAGCACAAAAUGAACAAAACAUGUGCCAUAUAGACUAGUAAUAUAUUAGAUUCUGCAGAAAGCUUAAUGACAAUUGCUCAUUGCUAUUUCACAGUUGCAAAACUCGUACUUCUUCUUUCCAAUAAUCAGUAACAAUAAGAAUUAAGGUGGGAACCACAUUGUAGCCAAUAACUAAAACAAACUUCAUGUUGUAUAAAUUAACUUCCUAUAGCAUUUAUCAAGUGGUAAAUAUCAUUUAGCAAAUAUCAUAAUAAGCAAACGGUGGACUUUUGUUGUUUAUAUACUUCAAAAUUUAGCAAUACUCAUACAGCAACUCUCAAAAGGCAAAACACAUAGACCAAAGGUCUUUCAUAUAACACAACACAUUGCAUUAAUAAACCAAUUAAUCCACCAGAAUUGUAAUAUAAGUGUAAUUUAUCUAAAUGUGUUAGAACUUCAGCAGUUAACUCACCCAAAUAAGCCAUUCCAUCAGGAACGAAUAGUAAAAUCUACACAAUAUCAUGUACAAUCAGACCAGAGUUAAUGCUAAAUUGUAGGACAAUGUUCAAUGUCUUCAACAAAUUAAGAAAAUAAAAUCGGCGCCAUGACUGCCCCUGGCCUCAGUCCAACAGCAUACCUAAAUUGAUCUGAAUAUGAUGGACAUGAUUCAACACGGGACUUUACAUUUGCGUACCUAUCCUUCAGUAUUCUAAGCAAUAUGCAUUGUUUACCUUUCUUUAACAAUUUUAACCAUAUUGCAUUGUUUUUAUAAACUAUUUACACAUUUUAACAUAUCGACGUUUAUAAGAUACACACGUUUAUUUUCAUUUACAUAUUCUUGAACAACUCACAUCAGUAUGAAAGUAGCAUCAACAAUUGAAUAUCAUUUCCGAAAUCCGAGCUGAGCAUCCGUAAUAAUAGUAUUUUUUACUUCAAAAAGUAUUAAUGGGCUUAUUUAAAAUAGUGGUAAAUCAUUUUGAUAAAACAACUUACUGGAGUAAUCCCUUAAGAGGUAUAAACAUGAUAAAAAGUAUUUUUUUCAUUCAAAUGAAUUUCAAGCUCAUUCUGUCCAUUUAUGGUGUAAGAAGCCAUAUACAAUGAUACCGUUUAAUGACUAACCCAAAUUGGCAGAUAAAAUAUCACUUCAUACAAUAAUAUAUUUAUUUCAAACAGAAUCACUUCCAGAUGAUUUAUUUUGUUUUGCAAAUUGCACAAUUGUCUUGUUUAAAAUCGUAAUUCAAACAUAAAUUGUCUGCUUUAAAAAUCAGACAUAUUGUUGCAAAGGUAUUUAAAUUCUUCUAAAGAUAUUUUAUUAGUAAUGACUCUACUUUAUUAUUUCGAAAAAAGGCACAAAGUGCCCUUGGUGUUUUUUCCGUAAUUUAAAAAUGUUCAACAAUUUUUGUAAAAUAAGCUUUAUAAUAUAUCUUACUUGGACAUAAGCAUUCUCAGUUUAUAUCUGUUUUACAAUAGUUAAGAACACGUAAAUGUGGUUGUAUUAUAAACAUGACUUAAGAAAUAACGGAUCAACUCAACACCAGGGCGAAUUUUCUUCAGUAAAACUAUUUAACACGUCAUUAAUUGAUGAUCGACUUGAAAAAAUAUAUUUUGCACAAUAGUAUUAACUUACAGGUAACAUGGAACAAAUCACUGAACAGACUUGCUCUUGUAACGCAUCGUCCAUUUUUUUAUAAAUCAAUUUAAUCGAACGAUACACAAUUUAACAAGACAACAGCAUGCUCUGUUAUGACAGGUUACUUUCGCCCGUAGCUAGUUUAAUAAACAGAUACCAAUUUCCCGAAUGCCAAGCAGACAAUCAGAAGAAAAGAACUGACUUUCACACAAUUGCGGACAAUUCAAUACUGUAUAUGAAGACAAAACAUUUGUACGAUUUGCAAAAUUAGUCAAUCCGCUGAUGAUUGUAUGGCGUGCGAAAAACAAAUAAUAGUACCUUAACCGCAGCCCGUUCUUUGAAAUCAGUAUAUCUUGCAUAUGUAUAUUGCGUCAUCGCGCGGAGCAAACGCGGCCAAUGACAUUGACUUUCCAACAGACCACAGUCCCGUUAGCCUGUUAUAAACCAAUUAUAUAAGUGUCAAUUUUCGCAUGACAGACCAUUACUAACUUAUAUUUUGAACCUCUUCGUAUGCGGUAUUCAUACAUCAUACAUAUACUCAGCAAUAAGCCAUCGUCGCAGCAACAUCAAAUAAAUACACAACUAAUAUAUGUAUAUUAUUAAAUUUUUAUUGCUGUUCUCUUUGUUGGCGUGUUUUAUCAUAGCAACAUGAACGUUUAAUAACCAUUUCCGAAAUAUGAUGUGAAUGUAGUCGAUUGGAGAUUUGUAAUCAUAAUUUUUAUGACAGCCAUGUAUUAUUGUUUUUCUUUUACAAUCAGAAAGCAAUGUAUAACAUUUUUAAACCAUUGGUAUCAGCUUCAAAGUUAUGUUUACAUCAGACCAGAAAACAUCUCAUUGGAAAGUAUGCUGUUAUAAUUAAACAUCAAAUGACUUGCCUUUGUUUCCGCAAAUACUAUUGGGUGCUAUUACACACCCAGAUUAAUAUGGUUUCCAAACAAACACAGUAAUACGUACUAUUAGGCUAAUCAUAAAUCUGCAAACAUUUUAAUAAAAAAAUGAGAAGAUUGCUCUUACGUUCGAUCAUUCUUGACACGUUCACGCGAUUUGAUACAUUUGCUGAUUUAAAACAUCACCAAUUUAAGUUGAUUCUUAAUAUGCGUUAGAUAUUCGCAAUUAAUAAUUGUAAUACCAGACAGUGCAUAAUGUGUUUAUAAACUGUUAACAGUGAUGCAUGUUAAUACAAAACUAACAUUACAACAUUAAUGGGCUUUUCACGCUUAGGUUAAUUCACAAAAUUAAAAAAUGUUUCAGAUUUGCAAAUUUUCGUUGUUGUUUUGAUAUUUGUAAGGAAACAGUAAUACUGAACAUUUACCAUGCUCUAAAAUAUCCAUUAUAUGCAUUUUUGACAAUUUAAAAACUUGAAAAUAAUGCGUUACAACGCAAAACAAAUGUAUACUUUGGAGAGUUGUGUUGCUGUCGUUAUAUUUUGUGACACUAUGAGGAUUGCUUAAACCAUCCCAAGGGAAAGAACCCCGAUAAUGGUGUAGAACUCUUUGUCUAACCCUUUUUCCAGUAUGUAUGUUUGGAUCAAAUGUAUAAAUUUGUAUAAAUGUCAUGCUUUUAGAAAUAAAAUAUGUUAAAAGUGA